AUGGAGGCUCGCCUGGGCGCUGUUGUCGCCUUGUUUUUGGCGCUCGCUGCGAUCCAAUUUGUCAUCGACGCCGAUCUGCCGGCGAGCUCUUACACCACUGCUAUGCAGAUGCUGACGCUGGUCAGCUACUGCGUCCUAAUCCUGAUGCUGGAGCAGGCUCUGAUCGACGUGAUGGUCAGCGGACUCUCGCACCAGACCAGCGCCGACGCCGACGCCGACGUGGACGCGCGCGCCGCUGCUGCCCGCGGUCGCAGCCUGGCAUCCAAGCUGCGCACCCUGCUGGACGAGCCGAGGAGGGGGUCCCUGACAGCAAAGUCGGCGACCACAAACGACCCGCGCCACGGCGUCAACCCCAGCCUCAAGCAGCAGCAGCCGCAAAAGCAGCAGCAGGAGCACCUUCAGGGGCAAGAGCAGCAGGACGAGGGCGCCGAAGCCUCGGCCCCCGCCGGCCUCGGCGUGCACAUUGGCAGCGGGUCGUCCCCGAAAGACGUCGAACGGGGCCCAGCGGCGCAGCCGUCCCUUCGCCCGCAGCAGCGGAGCGCCCUGCUGCCGCAGGCGUCGGUGGGGGCAGGGGGCCCGGCGGGGCCGGUGCGCAGCUGCCGGGCAUGGCCGUGUGCGCUGUGGGAACGAGCCAGGACGCGGGUGGUGGUGGAGAUGCAGGCGCUCAAAGAGGACCCAGUUUACGCCGACAGGAUCUCCCACAUCCUGAACAAGUUCAUUGCCUACAACAUUUGCGCUGUGCUGGUGUUCGUCAUCAGCGCCUACCGCUGGCGGCAAUAG